AUGAACAAAGCCGGCCUAGUCUGCGACGAGUUCAACUCGCCCUCGGACUUUGUAAUCGAGAUCGCCGCCGAGGACUACGGCACCGAGCCGGUGGAGAAGAUGAUCGCGCUGAUCGAGGAGACGGACGCCGACGCCCUCGGCGAGGCUGUGGCCGACCUGCCGAACCUGCGCAGCAACAAGGUCAACCGGAAGGUGCCUUUCUUCCCGGCGCUCAAGAUCCUUCUGCAGCGUUCAGGCGUCGUCUACCGCCGAACGCUGACGGUGAUCACGCUGCGCAUCGUCUCGCUCAUCCUCAUCACCAUCUGGCUGCAGCUGAUGUUCGGCACGGAGAUCGGCAAGGUCUCCGGCUGUACGAUGCGCAAGCUGGAGCUCUACUCGACACCGGUGGACAAGCUGAGCACCCUCUUCGAGGAGAGCAUCCUCCUGGUGGCGCAGAACAGCUGCUGUCUCUUCUUCGGCCUCAUCGUCGGCCUCAUCUCCGGCAUGACGGCCGUCGUGCUGGAGUUUCCCCGGGAGAUGCACAUCUUCAUGAAGGAGUACAACAAUGGCUGGUACUCCUGCAUUGCCUUCUUCAUCACCAAGAGUUUGAUUGACACUCCGAUGCAGGUGAAGGAUUAG